UUAAAAUGUAUGACUCGCAUGGCUCGCUGGCUCGCGCAUUGGCUCGCAUGACUCGCUGGCUCGCACUUUGUCACGACCCGUUUACAGGUAGGCCUAGUGUGUUAAAUUCUCCAAAAACCUUCAACAACACAAUUAAAAAGAAGGGUGCUUUGUCAGGCUCUAACCAACCUAGGCCUAGCUUAGGCCUCUACAGGCCUGGCCUAGGCUAGGCUUCUUACUAAAACAGUAUGGCACUAGAUGAUAGGCCUAGGCUAGCUAGGCCUAGGCCUUCCUUGGGACUAGGCCUGAGGAGGCUCUAGCUAGGCCUGUCCCAGUCUGCAUAAAGUAGUGGGCACCCGAUACGCAUACAGUUACUUGUUACGAGACGAUGUAACUCACAGGAAGUUACGUUGUCUGCUAUCAAAGAAUGGCCCUACACACAGCACACGUGUGUUACUGUUAAAUGUAUGAGACAUGUAACCAUGUCACACCAAAUAAUAUUGGUCCGGCAACCAGAGAACAAAAGAGCAACCGCCGUAGAGGGUGGGCCAAGGUGAGAAAACGUGACGGUUGACCACGAGUCAGAAAGAUAGGCUUAUAACAUAUAAUAAAAGCUAUUUUUUUUACCAGUUUUUGUCUGAAUAAUUUAGUCCAGGUCUACAUUAAGCUAUUAUCGUGUGAAAAGGUAUGUAAACUUACAAAUAUACCGUAUCUCAUGGAGGUAUACCUCCAUGGUAUAAGACAGUUGACUUGUAUCAUAUUGGCCUAGGCCUAGAUAGGCCUGGGCUAGUAAGCUAGCCUAGGCCCUACUUGCACCUUCGCACUCUCUAGAUAUUCAAUAUUCCUGAAGUACUGGGCCUAAAGGCUUCUUUUCCCAGUUUUCUUUUGUUUUAAGACCCAAAAUUUCACAUGUUUUACAGUUUAACCUUACGAAUAUACAAUCAAUAUAAUGAAAAUGACUUUCAAUUUCAUGAUGAAGGUAGGCUUAGCUAGGCCUAAUGUGGACGUCCCUACCCCGGUAGUAUGCAUAGCCUAGGCCCCGACCUAGGCCUCUUUGUUUCUGUUGUAUGCGGGUUGCUAGGACCUUAGUGGAGUGACAUCUUUACUCUGAGAUGUGUAGGCCUAGGCAUACUGUUCAUUUUUAUUAGUUUCUUUUGUAAUUAUCUAUUGAUACAGAACGUUUCCGAAUGAAAAAUUAAUUGAUUAUUGAAUACUACUCAACUUGAAGCGCUUAUAGAGCCAAUUUAUUUGCCAGAAAACAACAAUGGCGUAAUAGUUUGUAGAAAAAAAAUUAAUUACCAGUAAAACUAAAAUACCUGUACAUUAGAACACAAGUGAAGACAAAAUUAGCUUAGGAUUAUGGGCACAUAAAAUUUAAAAUUAUAAACGUACAAAAUUAUCAGGAAGCAGCUAAGUUAAAUUUUUAGCUGCUCCCUGGAAAUUAUAGAUACCUACACCUUACAAAUUGGACAAGACAAAAUUGAAACCAAAUUGAAAUAUAAAAAUAUAACAUUGCCAAUUGUCGGUUAAUGCAAUCAAUAUAAUAAGAUGCCAGAAAGAUCAUCAACUGAAGCGGUGUUGUCAAAUUACAUGUAGCCUAAUAGUUAUAUUAUAAUUUCUCUGAUCAGUUGUGGGAGUUUCAUGUUGCUAGAUUUGCUGUUGUUAGAUACAGUACACUAUUCAUGAAAUUUAUUUUUUUCUAGGUCCUAGGCCUACUGGUGGUUUAGCUGACUGGUGCCCUGUACGAUCUAUACACUAGUAUAUACUAGUGUUAAAGAGGGCGUUACUUAGCCUGGUGAGCGCGCUUUUUGGACAGAAGCAUGAGGAGGUCACAGAAAUAACAAAUUGUACAUUGAAUUAUAAUGCAUCGCCGCAGGUCAGGGGUUGUAGUCAGUAGACCGUUCAUCACUGUGAGAACUGGCACGAGGCGCCAACGCCCUGUUCGUAAAUAUCUAUAUGGGUCAAGCAAAACACAAAGUAUAGCUGUCAAUGGACAACAGUGUCAUGUACCUAUCGCUCUGCAAGAGGCACCAUCGAUUAGAGAUGAGUCACCAAUGGACAUUGAAACAGGAAUUCAAAAAGAACAUCAUCCAAGUAUGCAUUACAAAAGGAAAGAGAAAGAGUGUGGAACAUUUUUACCAUACCUACCGGAGAUUAAAACCAUCAAUACAGGUCAUUCACCCAAUUGUGGAAUAAGCAUUCAUCGUAUUAUAAGUGUCUUUGAUGAUAAAGGCAGAUGGCAUCAGCUAAAUAUCCAGUUCUGCUCUUGUGAAGAGGAGGUGGUAACAAUGAUAAAAUUGAAGUUGUGGCCAGCUACAGCUAAGCAAGUAAAGGUUGCUUUUGCAAUAGAACUGAUGAAGUGGAUGGAAAUAUUGCUUCUAGAAUGCAAAGUUUCCACAAAGGGAUUCUGGGAAGCUUUAUACGGAAUGAUCUACAGCCUUUUCAGGCGAAUCAUUUGAAGGAGUUAAUCCGUAAGGAGACUGUUUGUGAAUUCAGGCAUUCCUAUUACAAACUGGGAAACUUUAAUAAAUUGGAUGAUGGUACUGUAUGCCCUGCCUUUCCUAAGGGUAGUGGAACAAGAUUUGUUGCCAUAGAUGCAAAUUUUGGCCUUCUUAGGCGGAAGGAGGCUAGAGAUAGCAUGGAGCCACCCAAACAUGGUUCUAGAUUUUUUUAUAACAGAUGAAGAAGUCAGUAAUUUUGUGAAUUCAUACAAUGACUCAACAACAGGCUUUAAGGAAUGUAAUCAGUUCAAGGCAGGUGACAAAGUACGUUCAAAAUCAAGAACUUCCAAAAUGGAUGUGACUGGUGUAUUUGGAAGCGUCUGCAGACACGAAUCACCAGUAUUGUUCAUGAAUAUGCAACAUGGAGAGAGGUAAAGUAGUUUCAUUUCAAAUUUAACUGGACAUUGACUAAUGUAACAGUACCUCAUUUUUAAUUGCCAACUGGGUUGUUGAUGACAUUAGUCAACUCAGAACUACUGUACUUACGAUAUUGAUAGUCAAGUUGAUAACAAUGUAUCUGUAGAGUUGUAUUCAAAGUCACCAAAUACACCAAACAGGAUGAAGCUGAUUAGGUCUCAGUUAAUGUGUUGUGUAUUGUGCUAAAUGUGCGGUCGUUAAAUGAGUAAACAUUUAUCGGGAAAAAUAUGUAACUUGAAAGCACAGCUCACCAAGCUGUUCACUACUGAUUGAAUGUGAAUGAAUGGUUGUUAAUCUGUACAAACCAUUCUUUGAAUAGAUGUUAAAGAUUGUAACCUAAAGUAUUGAUUAAACUAUUUCAUGUAAUUGUCAUAUAGGUUGGUCUACUCAGUGCUACUCCUGGAUAAAUUGUUAAAUGUACCUGCCUCCAAAGACCAAAAGUUAAAUGAAACAUAUGACAUUGCCUGUGUUCUGUUUUCACACCUAAAUGUUAGCAGUCAAUAACAAUAAUUUUCUUUAUGUGAUUCGUUUCUGUUUUUAACUUAUUAGAUAAUAAUAUUGUUAAUAUUGCUUAAGAUGAUUUACAUCAGUGGCCUCAUUGAGAAUUGAAUUUCACCAAUACAGCUUAUUUUGACCAAUACACCUUGGCCACAGAAAUGCCUGUCUAGUUGCUAUUGUGUACAGUUAAUUAUAAAUUUCCAUUAACUAACUGUUUACUAUACUAUGGCAAGUAAACCACUUUGUUUUUUGACAUCAGUACAGUAGUUUGUUACAUUUAAUUAAUUUUGUUACAUUUGGCUAUUUAUUAUGGAAGCUUAAAGUGACAUUUUGUGUUUACGUGUUUCCAAUGUAAUUGUGGAAACAUGGAAUAACAUGACAUUAAGACAUAAUAUUUCCACGAUAGUUUAUCUCAAGUGAUUAUUUUUCUAGAUUUGAAACCAAGAUGAUAUGCUUGCCAAGAUGCAGAUGAAAAUACCAAUCUUCCAUUGCUACGGCCACCAGGCUUCCUGUCAUGUAGUAUAUGAAAUUAAUAAGCUCUCAUAAGAGAAAUAUAAAAUAUGUUCCGUAUCCUGUAAAUCUUUAUAAUGUAUUUUUAGGUGGAGUUUAAUCCAAGAAGAACCACAGGAUUUGGACUGACCGAUGGUGAAGGUAUUGAAAGAUUAUGGUCAUAUCU